AUGGUGACUGACUCCCUCCAAGAUACGGAUCCUACAACACCUAGUACAAGUACAGAAGUUGCUGCUGAAGUGGCCCCUCCUUAUGAGCCUCAGGCUAUGAACCCAACUACGAAUGCCAAGGAUAACACAAAAUUAACGGGUUCUUUCUUUAGUAAUGCCCAGAAUGUCGCCGUAUACGGAGGGUCUUUCAAUGCCAUCGGUACGGUCUUUCAUCAUGACCAAACUGAGGAGGAACGUCGCGGAAUGGCAUAUCUGUACCGACAUAUCGCCAAUGGGGCAAUGCACGACUCUAUUGAACGCUCAAAUCCUCCUCGAUGUCAUCCUGAUACACGUACAGCUGUUUUAGCAGAUAUCACGAGUUGGGUCACGCAGGAGGAACCUGACAAGGAUGUCUUGUGGCUGCACGGUCCAGCUGGGGCUGGCAAGACCUCUAUAUGCCAAACUGUCGCCGAAAAGUAUCACGAGUCUGGCGAUCUGGCAGCCACAUUCCUGUUUUCAAGAGGAGGACUCGAAACCGGGCACGAUAAACGAUUCAUUGCUACCCUCGCCUACCAAAUUGCACACUCCUGUGAGGCUAUUAAGCCUUUCAUUACAGCAGAAAUUCUCAACGACCCAUCAAUCUUGGAUAAGUCAUUGGCUGUGCAACUCCGACACCUCAUCACAUCCCCCAUUCAACAAGCGGCGGCUCGUCUAACCACCAGGUCUUGGUGCAAGCUCAUCAUUAUUGACGGCUUGGAUGAAUGUCAACCAGAAGAGUCGCACAACUCCAUUCUUCGCCUCCUGCACAGCGCGGUGAACCGCAAAUCAUUCCCUUUCCGCAUUCUCAUUGCCAGUCGCAUGGAACCUGCGAUCCUUGACGUUUUUGACAACGAAUUAUACUCAACAACGCAUCGCAUCGCCCUCAGUGACACGUAUGAUGCUGACCAGGACAUUGCAACAUAUUUGCGGAGCAGCUUUGCGGGAAUCUUCCGGAAGCACCGGCGGAAUCGCUCUAUGUCCGCCUUACCGCUUCCAUGGCCCACAGAAUCAGCUGUGAAGCAGUUAGUAGCGCGGGCCUCAGGCCAAUUUAUUUAUGCGGCCACUGUCAUUCGGUACGUCGAUGUUCGACACCAGCUGCCUACCACACGACUUGACACAAUCUUGGGCAAUUUGAUUCCUCCUGACCCCGACUCAUCACCGUUCGUAGAGUUGGAUCUCCUUUAUCGUCACAUCUUCAAGUCAGUCUCUGACAUCAAGUUCACGCUGCGAGUCUUAGGUGCUAUCAUAUGUCUUAAUACUUCCCUCUCUGUUCCAGGAAUCGAGGCCCUGUUGGAAUUAAACCCGGGAGAUGUCGAGUUGGCUCUUUGCAAUCUUCACUCGCUGCUCCACAUACCAGAUUCUUCGUCUUCAGAAAGAUAUAUUCGCCUAUACCAUACCUCUUUGGGCGACUUUCUGUUCGAUCCGCAAAGAGCAGGGAUGUUCUCCAUCAUUCUCGACGUCGUCCAUACUGAUCUUUCGCAUUGUUGCCUCUGCUGCCUGUCACGAGUCGACUCACGACCGGUUUCAGGAUCUGUCUGGAAUGCCCUAUAUCAGUUUCACCGUGGCGAAAUAAACCCCAAGACUGUCGAAGAUGACUCAGAAGCAUCAAACUAUGCUGCACAACAUUGGCUGGGCCACGCUAGUCAAGUUAACGACAGCUUGGCCAUCUUGACGGAUCUCACAGUGGUAGACCGUCAAACCUAUUAUAAGUGGGUAAGGAGUGCAACAUCAGGGGAAGCUGGCAGUUGCAAAGACAUCGACAAAGUCGGUUUCAGGUCUUUAGACCUAUUUCACAACUUAGCAUCACGCCUUCUUGCAUCAAGCAAUCCACGGGCAAAAAGUCAGGCUAGGCUCUUCAUACGGCUUAUUGACGAAUACUUUCGAAAGAGGGGUUUGUCUUACAAUGUUGCACCUCCUGCGGGCGUCGUGGGCCAAUCUGCGGCCAUUCUCUUUAUGUGUGUUAGUCAAAUCACUCCUCCCUCUUCGGCUGCCAUGGAGGCUCUGUUGCACCUGAGUUGGCGCGAAUUCAGCCGCGCCACUUUCCGUUUCCGACCCUACAUGUUAUUCAGGCCACAUUUCAAGUUCAAUUGUGAAGCAAUCAAGGCGUAUCUUGAUGAUCCCACACGUUGCGGAGAUUACUAUCCUCAGACACCACAGUCGUACGCGGAUUUGACGAUUUACUGUCUUGAGUAUCUCAGGACGUACAUCUCAAAAUACCGUCCCACAGCGUCGCCGUUUGACACGACAGCAAUUGAAGAGGCAUACCAAUAUGCAACCUCUCACUGGAGGAAUUUCGCUUCCAACGCGAGCCCUCGUCGGCUGCUAAGCUACGUCCGCUUCGUGAAUGCAACACACGGGUAUAGCCAUGUCUGCACAACCUUUGGUGGGCCGAGGCAUGUACCCAGCGUUGGCAUGAGCACCUACAAAGAGCUAGACGACUAUACACCCGCCGCUUGA